AUGGCUCAAAGUCAUAUGAUCCCUUUCUUGAAUUUAGCCAUUAAAUUUGAGCAAAAGGGUUACACUAAUCUCUCCUUUGUCACCACCCCUCUCAACCUCCCCUAUAUACAAUCAUGUCUUCCGCCUUCCUCCUCCAUCCGCCUCCUCACCAUCCCCUUUCACGGCGCCGAUCAUGGCCUCCCUAAAGAGACAGAAAAAACCGACAAUCUCCCCCCUCACAUCUUAUACAACUUCAUCAUGGCCACCAUUUCUCUAAAGCCCGCCUUCACCGACCUCAUGAUCAGCCUCUCCGACGACAUAGCUGAUCAACCUCUAUGCAUCAUCUCCGACAUGUUCUUUGGGUGGGUCAGUCACGUGGCACGCCAACUUGGAGCCUUCCACUUGAUAUUUUGUGGAGGUGGAGGGUUUGGUUUUGCUUGUUAUUACUCACUCUCGAUGAUGAUGAAUCUUCCCCACUUGAUCAAAUCGAACUCCGACCACCAGUUCUUCUCCCUGCCGGAUUUUCAAGAAGCGGGUCAAAUUCACUUCACUCAGGUGUCCCCUAAGUUGUUAGCGGCUGGAGAGUCAGACUCGGAGGAAGACCAUCUCUGGAUUAACUUUGUGAAGAAAAGGCUCGCCGAGUGGACUCAGUCCGAUGGUAUUCUCAUCAACUCGGUUGAGGAGAUAGACCGGCUCGGAUUGGAUUACUUUCGACGCGUAAUCAAACGUCCAGUAUGGUCCAUCGGACCCAUACUCAGCUUGGGUACUCCAGCGGCUGAUGAUGAAGAGUUGUACUUAAAAUGGCUAGAUUCAAAGCCGGAAAAGUCGGUUCUUUAUAUAUCAUUCGGGUCGCAGUAUAUAAUCUCGGCCACUCAAAUGGUGGAGUUAGCUAAGGCUCUACAAGUUAGUGAUAAAAACUUCAUAUGGGUGAUGAGGAAGCCAUUAGGGUUUGACGAAAACUCAGAUUUCAACAUGAAAAAAACUCUUCCGGAGGAAUUCAUGCAACAUGUAGAAUUAGGAAGAGGGUUGUUGAUAGAAAAAUGGGCACCUCAAGUGGAAAUUCUUUCUCAUAAAUCAACUUCAGCAUUUAUGAGUCAUUGCGGUUGGAACUCUGUGUUGGAAGCUCUGGUUAGCGGUGUGCCGAUCAUCGGCUGGCCGUUGGCGGCGGAGCAAUGUCUUAAUGCUAAGUAUUUGGAAGAAUGUGUGGGGGUUUGUUUGGAGGUGGCUAGAGGGGUUAUAAGUGAAGUUACACAUGAGAAAAUAGCUGAGAAGAUUGAGAUUGUGAUGGGGGAGAGAUCAGAGAAGGGAAGGAUGAUGAGAGAAAGAGCAAAUGAAGUGAAAGAGAUAAUGAGAUCUGCCUCAAGAAAUGAAGAAGGUUGUUUCAAGGGUUCUUCUGUUAAGGCCAUGGAUGAGUUCCUCAAUGUUGCCUCCUUAUUGAUGGAUGUAUGA